AUGCUGAAACUAUCCCCAACUUCCCUAGAAAGAAAACGGAGUCCACUCCCCUCCAAGGGCUCAGUGAAAACUAGCAGAACUCUCCAGACCUCCCCAGUACUCACAUCAGAACAAACACCUAAACCAAACGACCAAAUCACCCCCGAGCCCCCAGCCCCGCCAUUCCGCAGCGUCUCCGCCUGCAACAGAUGUCGCCUUCGCAAACACCGCUGCGACCAGCGCCUCCCUCGCUGUGAAUCAUGCGAAAAAGCCCAAGUACGCUGCGUGGGUUAUGACCCCCUCACCAAACAAGAGGUCCCACGCAGCUACGUGGCCUUUCUCGAAAGCCGAGUCAACUAUCUCAAUCAGGUCCUCAUCGACCACGGCAUCGGCUUCAAGCCCGCUAUCGCCUAUGAUGAGGAGGAGGCGCUGAAGAUGGAGGCUGGUCAGUCGCCGAGGUUUGAAUCUCGUGGGCUGAGGGAUGUGAGAGAACUGCCAGAACAUACGCACAUCGGGAUGGGGGCACGGACAUCCCGUAAGAGGAAAUUGCCUCAGUAUUCUGAAGACACCAUCCCGACGAGACAGGUCAAGCGCUUGGCGCAGUUAAACAUUCUUCUCACGGAGUUGUUGACUGAUGGCUGUGAACAUCGCCAAUGUUCCCGCGACCCUGGGAGGAGUUAUAUGCGUGCUGGUCGUAGGCAUCGGGCGCAGGACUCUCUUGAAAAGAGACUGCCGUGGUCUCCACGGAGCUUUGAUUCGAUUGAUCACAGUGAUAACCGUGCGACGAGAUCUGAGUCGCCGGUGUCAUCGCAUGAGUCAUAUCGACAUCCAAGGACGACGCAUGGGCGCGGGUCGUCUCUGCCCGGUGCCAAAACUAUCUUGGAAUCCGAUCAUGGGCGCGAAGUACACGACGCAAAGAGAAAGUCCGGGUUCGAGCUUGGUUCGGUAGAUCCCGAGUCUGGGACACACAAUACCAAGCAUAUUUCUGGGGAUAGUAAAUUGAGACACACCAAUGUCGUUCGAGAUCUGAAUGUUCCGAGUCGUGGUUCGUCACCAGAGAAGGAUGAUCGUUCUAGUCCCGAGCCCAAGUUUGAUAUUGCUGCCGAUCUUCUUCGGGGACGGAGGGAGAGAGAGAGGCCUAAUUAUGAUUUGCUGGAUGAGUUCCUUGUUGAUUGGGCUGAUUGA